UCAUUAGGAGCAGAUGACACAGGAGGUAAUCUGCUGUUUGUGCAUGUCCUUGCUCCAGCAUGUGCCUCUGUCUACAUCGCUGCGUAGCGUGUACAGCGCUGUGACUGCCUGUCUGCCUGGGCUCAACGUUAACCAGCCUAUGUGGGAGGGCUUCUCCUGUUUUUGCUGUGAAACUGAGUCGACAGUAGCCAUGGGUCAGACACUGUUGAUUUAUGGACCCAUGUUUGGUCAAAGGGUUGGUGAUAUUUGCUGAAGAUGAGUAGUGCGGGGGACAACACCCCCGACCCUGCUGCCAGGGGAGAGUCUCUGAAGCGGAAAGAAUGUGGCCCGGAUCUCCUGGGGCCCAGCCCCAAGAGGAGCAUGGAAAAACCAAACCGGGAGCAUGAAAACAAAUACAUUGAAGAACUGGCGGAGUUGAUCUUUGCAAACAUCAAUGACAUUGACAACUUCAAUGUCAAGCCGGACAAAUGUGCAAUCUUGAAAGAAACUGUGAAGCAGAUUCGUCAAAUAAAAGAGCAGGAGAAAACAACUACUACCAAUGCAGAGGAGGUACAGAAAGCACACGUCUCGUCAACAGGCCAAAGUGUUAUUGACAAAGACGCUCUUGGACCAAUGAUGCUCGAGGCGCUGGACGGGUUCUUCUUUGUGGUGAACAUGGAGGGGAACAUUGUGUUUGUGUCGGAGAACGUGACCCAGUACCUGCAGUAUAACCAGGAGGAGCUGAUGAACACCAGCGUCUACAGCGUCCUGCACGUAGGAGACCACGCAGAGUUCAUCAAGAACCUUCUGCCCAAGUCCCUCGUGAACUGCAGAGCACCGCGGUCCAGUGAGAAUCCCAACAGGAAUAGCCACACGUUUAACUGCCGCAUGCUGGUCAACCCCCACGGGCCCUGGGAGGGAGGUGAGCAGGAGCCCCAGGACCAGGAGGUGCAGCAGAAGUAUGAGACCAUGCAGUGUUUCGCCGUGUCCGAGCCAAAGUCCAUCAAAGAGGAGGGAGAAGAUUUCCAGUCUUGCCUGAUCUGUGUAGCACGAAGGGUUCCUGUCAAAGAGAGGCCCAUGCUCCCAACCUACGAGAGCUUUACCACCAGGCAGGAUCUCCAAGGUAAGAUCACGUCGCUGGACACCAGUCUGCUGAGAGCCUCCAUGAAGCCAGGCUGGGAGGACCUGGUCAGGAGAUGUAUCCAAAUGUUCCACCUGCAGAACGACGGGGAGAUGUCAUUUGCCAAAAAGCAUCAGCAAGAAGUCCUGAGACAGGGCCAUGCGUUCAGCCCUCUGUAUCGCUUCUCCCUGUCUGACGGUACCAUCGUGUCGGCUCACACCAAGAGCAAGCUGGUGCGCUCCCCUGCCACCAACGAACCUCAGCUCUACAUGUCCCUCCACAUCCUCCAGAGGGAGCAGACGAUGUGUGGCAUGAACCCAGACAUGUCUACCCAGGGACAGGGGAUGGGGAAGCAGCCAAUGAAAGCUGUGUCUUCACUGACUCCUCCCAGUGUGGGUGGGCUGUCCCCAGGGUUGGGGGGACAUGACACAAUGGUUGGCAGCAAUACCAACAUGGCCACCAUGGGUGGACGUUACAGAUGCCAGGGGGCUAUGAACCGUUCUCCCACUCCUCGGGGUAGCAGCAACUAUGCACUCAAGAUGGGGAUGAACAGCCCGUCGCAGGGCAGCCCCAGUGUGACCUCUCAGGGGGGUCAAAGUGGCGGUGGUACCAUGGUGUCCCCACGCCACCGCCAGAGCCCCAGUGUGGCGGGUUGCCCCCACGUUCUUCCCACAGGACCCUUCUCCCCAACGGGCAGCCUGCACUCUCCACUAGGGGUGUGUAACAGCACAGGGGUGGGGAACAACCACAGUGUCUACACUGGUAACAGCUCCCUCAACGCCCUUCAGGCCCUCAGCGAAUGCCACGGGGUCUCCCAGCAGGGGCAGUCCAUAGGGUCACCUGACAGGAAGCCAGGCAGCAUGCUGCAGAUGCAGAGUCCCCCUGGUAGUGGUGGAGCUAGCAGCACUAGUAACCCCAACCUCAACUCCAGCCAGCUGGCCAACCGCAGCAGCUGCACGUCUGAGAGAGAGAUAGAGAUGUUUGGAGCGUACGGGGAGCAGUCCCGGCCAGACGGGGAGGAGAGGGAGAACGUGGAGCAGAGGAAGUCGAAAGAUGACACCCUCAAGCCUUUUGGAGGAUCAGGAGGAGAGCUAACCGAGGCCCAGAACAGGCUCCUCAACAGUAAGGGCCACACCAAGCUCCUGCAGCUACUCACCAACAAGUCAGAGCACAUGGAGCCCUGCUCGCCCCAUGGGGCCCCUGGGGGAGGGGAGCCCAACUGUAAGGAUCCCGGGAUGGGACCAGGUGGCCAGAACAACCACUCCACCUCGCUGAAGGAGAAACACAAGAUCCUCCAUAGACUCCUCCAGAACAGCACGUCCCCGGUGGAGCUGGCCAAACUGACAGCUGAGGCCACGGGGAAGGAGCUGGGUCAGGGCCAGCAGGACCAGGGAGGACCAGACAGUAUGGCUGCCACCAUGGCUGAGAUGGCCACCAAGCAGGAGUCCAUCAGCCCCAAGAAGAAGGACAACGCGCUGCUGCGCUACCUGCUGGACAAGGAUGACAACACCAUGCAGGAGAAAGGCAUCAAGAUGGAGCCCGGGACAGAGAUGAAGCUGGCCAAUGUGAAGACUGAGAAGCACGACCCGGGAUACAACAUGGCAGACCAGUCUAGUGAGCUGGAAGACAUCUUGGAUGAUCUGCAGUGUCGCCAGCAGCAGCAGCUCUUCUCAGGCCAGCACCACCAGCAGCAGUCCAGACCCGUGUCUCUGCCCACCAACGUAGACAAGCAGUCCAUCAUCAACGACAUCCUGCAGAUGACAGAGAACAACAGCAGUCCCACGGGCACCAACACACAGCAGAAGGCCUUCCCAGGCAUGGGCCCAGGACACUUCAAUGGUCCCAGGAUGGGUCAGCUAGGCCAACGGCCCCCUGUCCGCAGUAUGUCCCUGGAUCAGUCCAACAUGUCUGCCCAUGGUUCUCCCCGACCCUUCCCUCCUCCCAGGAACAGCAGCCCCUACUCUGUCAUGCAGCAGCAAGCCAUGAUGGGAAACCACGGAAUGUUGCAGAACCAGGCUAACAUGGGCAACCCAGGCUUGCCCCAGGCUAGCAUGCAGCAGGGUUGGGGUCCUCAGGGGCCAAUGGGCCAGGCUCUGCAGCAGAGAAUGGGGCCUGAUGGUCGCAUGGUGCCCAACAUCUCAGCUGGAGUCCCCAUGAGGCCCAGCAACCAGCAGCCUGGACCCAGACAGAUGGUCCCAAUGCAGAUGAUGGGAAACGUGCAAUCCAAUAUGGAGAUGGCUGGUCCUCCCUACCCAGGACAGCAGGCACUGCCCAAUCAGACAGCCCCGUGGCCUGACCGCAUGAUGUCGGUGGAUCACAGGCCUUAUGGGAACCAGAACCGACAGGCUUACGGUAACUCCCAGGAUGAGGUGCUGUGUUCUCCCUUGCGGCCUGGGGAGGGGCCUUCGGACGGGGAUGCCCUGCUCAGCCAGCUCUAUUCAGUGCUGAAAGACUUUGACGGCCUGGAGGAGAUUGACCGCGCUCUGGGAAUCCCCACUCUGAUUAGUCAGGGCCAGCCAGUGGCGCAGGAGCAGUAUGCCAAUCAGGAGUCACCCAUGAGGAAGCCACCCAUGUAUAGCCAGUACCCCCAUGCUGGUAGCAUGGCACAGGGCAACUACAUGAGCCAGCAGGACCCUGGCUUCCAUGGUAUGCCCGGUCAGAUGGGCCAGCGGAUGGGGUACCCCAUGCUCCGACUCCCUGCCCGACCAGGAGGCCCGGUGCCUGCCCAGCCCAACAACCUGAGGCUGCAGCUGCAGCAUCGACUACAGGGACAGCUGCAGAAUCGUCAGCCAAUGAUGAAUCCGAUGGGUGUGUCCAACAUGAACCUACCUCUCAGACCCAGUGUACCCAACCAGGGAACCCUGAAUGCUCAGAUGUUGGCCCAGAGACAGAGGGAGUACCUGAGUAACAUCCUGCGCCAGCGCCAGCAGCAUGUCCACCAGAGAGCCAUGCUGAUGCGGGCCCAAGGCCUCAUCGCACCCCCCAACAUGGCUUCAGCGGCUGGGGCAGUGGAGCCCUCACAGUCCCCUGGCAUGCCCCCCGGUUCCAUGGGCACCAACCCUCGGAUCCCCCAGGCAAACCCCCAGCAGUUCCCCUACCCGGCCAGCUACGGUACUGGUCUUACGUCUCCGCCACCCUCCACCAGCCCCUUCCCCCCGCUGUCCCCUGGUCUCCCUGGGGCUCAGCAGCUCCUCUCCCCUCUCCACUCCUCCCCAAUCUCGCAUGGCUCCUCCCAGAUGAGUCUAGCUAACCAGCAAGGGAUGAUGGGAAACGUAGGUGGCCAGUUUGGAGCCGUAGUGAAUCCACAAAUGCAGCAACACCGUGCCUUCCAGUUUCCCAGCUCAGGUAUAAACCAGCAGCAGCAGGACGCAGGCUUCACAGGAGCCACCACCCCCCAGAGCCCCCUCAUGUCCCCCCGCAUGAAUCACGCCCAGAGCCCCAUGAUGCAGCAGCAGGCCCAGGCCAACUCCUCCUACCAGCCCUCCUCUGAGAUGAACGGCUGGCCUCAGGGCAACAUGUCAGGAAACAGCAUGUUCACACAACAGUCUCAAGCUCAGCAGUACAUGCCCCAACAGUCUAAUGGUGGAAUGUACAACGGCACAAACGCAAACCUGAACAUGAACAUACAGGGUGUCCCCAUGGCCUCCAACGGCAGCAUGAACCAAGUCUCAGCAGGCCAGAUGACCAUGCCUACAGGAAGCCUGUCUUCCAUGGACCCUGAGCAGAAUAAAGCUGCAACGAAACAAAAUGUGGAAAAAGUCAAGCGGUCUGAGUUUCUUUCCAAAGGCACUGAUAAUGCCUUGAGACGAAGGGAUAGCAUCAUUCUAGACCAGCUGGCUGGAAUUGACAUGUUAAUACAAGGUGACGCAACUCCAAACUAUUGCUGACCCCGGUCUAUUGUUGGACAACACGGUUUACAAAAGGUCAACACCCAAUGAAAACACUGGCAUCCAACCAAUCAAGGAUCUCCUGCAGUUCUCCCUGAACCAACCAACCGCAUUCACCUUAGUGUGACUUAGGUCCUUCCCAAAUAGGCUACACUCAGACACACACACAGACACUUGCACACACACACACACACGUGUAUAUAUGUGUAUAUAUAAUGGACUCAUACUCACACAAUAUAGAAGCAAAACUGAUCCUGUCAGCAGGCAUCUGGUCAGAUAAAUGUAUUCAUUUCAGGGGAUAGAACGCAGACUAUGGCUCAACUCUGAAAAUGCUCUCUUUACUCUUUUAGGUAUUUUCUUAAUAACAAUAUUUUCUUUGUCUGAUCGUUUCUUUGUAUGCACAGGUGUGAGACAAAAUUAUAUCACAUGAUUUCAAAAACUAAGUGAUAUUAUAAAUGGUUUGAAGAGCAUAAACUAUACAAUGAUUUUGAAUGGUUACAUUGUAAAGCCUGACUAAAGUAGUCACUUGAAAGGUUUAAAAUAAAUGUUUUACAGGUAUUUAUAGUUUUUAAACUAGAGAAACUUUCUUUGUAUGAAACUAUAAAAAGGGGGCAAGUGUUAAAUUUCUUAACACGUAUCCCUUAAUGGUACCUUAUUGUGUCUAUUUGAAUUACAUAUUUUAGGUCCUGUAAUUUCAGAUGAAAUUGUCAAAUGAAUCACCCUGCUGCGAUAUGUAUGAAGGUGAAUGUUCAUAGUUUUGUAUAUAUUACAGUAUAGAUUAAUUAAUUAAGAUGUAAUUUUUUUCUCUCUAGCCUGGUGUUACGACCACUGAAAUAUGACUUCACAGUCAUACCAUUUGUGUUGGAUUAACUAACAAAGGACUGUUUAUCAGGGUUUCAACCAAUUUGCGUAAGGAAUUUUCCUUGCACUUCACCUCGACCUCAUCACAACGAAAGGAUUGGACAGGCCUACCAACAGGCAUAGCUGAAUACUUUAGGGUGCUCUGACUGUGCUGAUUUUGUGUGCUGCCCUAUAAAAAAAAAAAGCUGGAAGUGUAAAAUGAACAGGUAAUAUGUAUUUUUCAAGCCAUAUUCCUGUACUAUUCCCAUUUUUGUUUAUCGUCUGUAAACACAUAGCAAAUAUGAACUCAUAGAAUUUCGUUUUUUUUUUUGUAGAAUGUGAAAAUUCCAAAUUGUCUGCAAACACUGAAAUGACGUUGGGCUCACAUAAUCUGUUUAAAAAUGUGUGGCCAGAAAAUAUCUAUUUUGUAGAUUUGCACUGGUUCUUAUGAUGUCACUCUGACGAUGCAAAGGAUAUUUCUAAUGGUUUGUGAUGGCCAAUUUCUCCCAAUUAAUUAAACAUUUUCCUAAACAAGGCAUUAUUAAAGAGUUGGGCAAAGUUUGAAGAUUAGGAUGCUCUGAUAUAAAUAUAUAUAUAUUCAAAAAUAACAACUUAUAGAAUGAUGCACUGCUCUCAUUGCAAAUCCAAAGAUGUUAUUACUACCUUUUAAAAUAAACUUAAGCCAUGAAGUGUUACUGUGUUAACAGCCUUUUUUAAAGCAUGCAUUUUGGCAAUCAUGAUAAGUUUUAAGGAAAGAGUUUGCAUACAAAUAUAACUCACAAAGUUUGGUUGAAUUUAAUUGUUUUUUUUCUUCAGUUCUGACUGAUCAAGACUUUUCUUUGUUGUAAAAUGUGUUAUUAAUUUAUAGUUUGUCAUUUUAUCAAUUGGUAAAUAUUACAUUCAAGUACCUUAACAUGCUAAAGACCUAGCAUAAUGCCUUAGAUCUGUUUUUCUGUCAUGUGUAUUGCUGUGAAGUUGAAAGGUGUAUCAUAUAUGUAUAGUGAAGUGACAAUAAUGAAGAGUGCAUUGUUACUCAGUGGCCGUAUCUGAAGUGGCACCAUAUUCACUAUAUAUAGUGCACUACUUUUGAGCAGGGCCUCUAGGGCACUAUAUAGGGAAUAGGGUGCAAUUUCAGACGCAGACUUGUGCUAUGGUUAGACUACUACACCCCUGUUUUUUUUUCAGUUGUUUUUCAGAUUUUUCUUUCCCCCACAUUUUAUUUGUGAUCAGUGGGUUUUAUUAUUAUUAUUUGUACAAUUGUUUCAUAUUUGGACUAAGAUGAGUAUGUAAACAAUGGUUAAUCAAAGCAAUAUUGUAAAACAUGAGUUUUUGUGUAGAAAGCUCAGUGUUGCAGUUCAGAGAUGUUUUUCGAGGUGUGAUGUUCAUAUUAAAUAUCACUGUUCACCUGCAUCAAUGUUUAUCCAGAGUGGGAGCAUUUAUGUAAAAAGUUUUAUUUACACCUUAUGCAAGCUGUUGACUAAUAUUGCUUUUGCCAAUGCCGCUUGCUAAUUUAUGAUUUAUGCAUUGUAAAUAAAUUAUUUUUUAUUGUUGA